UGGUUUCUAAGCAAUGUUUCUCCUCGUGCACAGAAUUUCAUGAAAAUUAUGACAAAUUGUUUUUGAAAACUAACGAUGUCAGACGAUGAAGAUGGUGCUCCACUCAUUAAAAAGCAACGGAUUCACUUUGGUAGUCUUGAAGCUGUAGAAAGAGAGCGCUUGGCUGCUGGGCCAUCCAAUGAUAAUGAUGACAAAGAAGAAGGAGAUGAUGAUCAAGAAGGCGAGGACAGUGGCGUGUCGGCGGCUGUCCUUGCUGGAAUUAGAGCGGGAAAUAUAAAUAUCACUGACGGGGAAUACCUAGAACUGUCUGAAGACCACACCAGUGAGAGACAUCAGGAACUAUUGGCAGAAUUUGAGAGAAGGAAAAAGGCUCGUGCAAUCACUGUACCAACAGAUGAUGCUUCUGUUAAAGCAAGACUCCGGGAGAUUGGUGAACCAAUAACUUUAUUUGGGGAAGGUCCCCCAGAAAGGAGAGACAGAUUGAGAAAACUUUUGUCAGAGCUAGGUGAAGAUGUAGUCAUUGGCAAAAACGAAGAGGAGGAAAAAUCAAUACAGGAACCAGAAGUUGAAGAAGAAGUGUGGUAUCAUGAAGGUUCUCCUGAGCUUAAAAUAGCUCGCUUUUGGAUUGCCAAGUACUCUUUACCUCGGGCUUGUGAAAGAUUGAAACAAAUGCGUAUCAAGCAAGCUAGACCUGAUCCUGAAAAAGCUGCUAAGAUGCAGGAGUUACAUCGCAAACUGCGGGGUCUAAACAACUUUUGUAGUCAAAUUGGUGAUGACAGACCAUUGUCCUAUUGUCAGUUUUCUCCAGACUCCAACAUGCUGGCCACUGCAUCUUGGAGUGGCUUAUGUAAACUUUGGUCAAUUCCUGACUGUGAACCAAUAGCAGUUUUAAGAGGUCACAAUGAACGUGUUGGUUCAAUUGUGUUUCACCCUCAAGCCACACUGUCAUUAGAUGAAACAGGCCCUUGUAUGGCAUCUUGUGAUGCAGAUGGUGUUGUGCUUCUAUGGUCUCUUAACAUGGACACACCACUUGCAAACAUAGAAGGACAUGAAAAGCGUGUGUCACGAGUGGCGUAUCAUCCUUCUGGACGAUUUUUAGCAUCUUGCUGUUUUGAUCACUCAUGGAGGCUGUGGGAUCUUGAACAGCUGAAGGAAGUUCUGCAUCAGGAGGGUCACUCGAGAGAGGUGUAUAACAUCGCAUUUCAGGUUGAUGGUUCACUUGCAGCCACAUGUGGACUUGACGGCCGGGGCCUGGUGUGGGACCUGAGGACAGGUCAGUGUAUUAUGCCCCUGGAUGGACAUUUGAAAAAGGUCCUUGGAAUAGACUUUGCGCCUGAUGGAUAUCGCAUAGCCACCGGCAGCGAGGAUCAGAAGAUGAUGAUUUGGGACUUGCGGAAGAGACAAAGUGUGUACACAAUUCCUGCACACACUAACCUUAUAUCACAUGUCAAGUUUCACGAUGACUUCUUAACCUCGGCGUCCUACGACACCACAAUUAAGGUGUGGUCUCACCCUGGAUGGGCGCCGCUCAAGACUCUGACAGGUCAUGAACAGAAGAUCAGCUGUGUUGAUGUUUCACCAGAUGGACAGUAUAUUGUGUCAAGCUCCUUUGAUCGUACUUUCAAACUGUGGGCGUCCGACUAAAGAUACUUCCGACAGCAUUCACAUCAACGAUCCCAACAGAGACUUCAGUACUUCUCCUCAGGUAUUGGUCGCUUAUUCAUCCACAGCGUUGGUCAAAGACAUGUAUAGGGUCACUGAUGCGUCACGUGCGUUACGUCACAUGUGUACAUACUGUUUAGAAUUGUUUUAUCAAUUAAAGGUUUUGAGAAAGUAA